ACUCGCGGCAAAUUAAAGUGAAAUUAACCAACACUUACGUAAAAUAAUUGGCGCCGGUAAUUUGUUGCAUUAUUUAAUAAUUUGUAAUAAAAGUUAAUAAAAAUGAGAACAAUAACGGAACCUGACCACAGUAUAAUGUUGAGUGAGCCCAUCAGUUGCUUUGAAAUAUGUGAAAACGAUUUUGCGUAUAACUUAAUCUGCGUAGCCCAACAAAAACAUCUGUCCUUGAUAUUAAUUGGUCUGCCGGAGGAGAGCGGCGCGUUUGUAUGGAAUCAUGUACAAGAUAUGGAGAUACCCGAUGAGGAUGCGCGCUGUCACACGAUUGCCUUCUCCCCGGAUACCUCGCUUAACUGCACUCCAAAUAAAGUUUCCGUUUGCGCCUCUAUUGGAAAAUGUAAUUUGACACUUUUUCACACAAAUCUAAAUGACGUGACCAACGUACAAUGCCUUCGUGGACACAGCAGCUAUAUCAAUGGCAUUGCUUGGGUUUGCGAUGGCGAGUUACUUGCUUCGGUCAGCGAUGAUUUUACAUGCAAGUUUUGGAAUAUCGGGGCGAAUUUCGAGAACGUAAUCACAUUUUGUCUCUCUUCGGCGGGCAUGUCUAUUAAAAGCCAUCCAGAGGAUCCAAACAAGGUCCUCGUAGCCGAGAAACGUGGCAUUGUGCAUUUGUAUAAUGUGCGCAGCAAGCAAACAGUCGUUUCCGUCGAAUCACCCAAAUUUCCACUCAUGUCCGCCGAUUGGGCAAAUAACAACCGGCUUUUUGUCACAGCCUUGGCUGGUGGCGAUAUUGUCACCUGGGAUUUGAGCCGUCCGUUUGUACCCGCUGACAUAAAGCAGGUCCACGAAGAUGGCGGCCGUAUUGUACGCUUCGCUCCAGGCAGCACAGAGAUUGCAAUGGCCACCAUUGGACGACCGGAUCUUACGUUGAAAGUGUUUGUGGCUAAGUCCACGGUACCGCUUAUUGAAUCGCCUUUAAAAACAUACGGUGGUUUGGCAUGGCAUCAGCGCUUACCUUACAUCAGCGCUGCGUCUGAUAGGAGAUUAUGUUUUUGGAAGGUACAAAUAAAAUAAUUACAAAAUGUUCAUGUUCAAAUAGUGACAUUUUUUAUUUGCAUAUCUCUUUUAUU